AGUACUGACUAUAUGCGCCAUGUCAAAGCGCAAUUUGAAGCGCAAGCUGAACGAAAGCAAUGUUCCAGAAGAGGCUGUGUCCUCUGGUUCUAAGAACCCCGCGAACCAGUCCUUCUCUGACUUCGGUUUGGAUGCGCGAAUCUUGAAAGGGAUUCAGGGCCAGCAUCCGGCAUGGUCAAAGCCAACUCAGGUUCAAAGUACAGUGAUACCACUUGCUCUUGAGGGAAAGAAUAUUCUGGCACGUUCCGGUACCGGCACAGGGAAAACCGCAGCAUACGUUCUUCCUCUCAUGCAAGCAAUCUUGAAACGCAAGACCGCCUCUCGUGCAACGAAAUGUACCUCAGCAGUAAUCCUAGUACCAUCAUUUGAGCUUGCCUCACAGGUCACGAAAGUCAUUAGCACAUUAGCGGCAGGCUGUGGCGCCGACAUACGAGUGGAGAACAUUGGUAGGAAAGAGGUGGACAAAGUGCAAAGAGUGCGACUGGCAGAUUUGCCUGACAUAGUAGUGGCGACACCCAGCAGAAUUAUUUCGAGUCUGGAAAGUUCUGCACUUUCCCUUUCCGACGUCAGUCAUGUAGUCAUUGAUGAGACCGACACGAUCAUGGCAUAUGAGCAAGGAGAAUAUCUUAAAGGGAUUUCCACGAAUCUUCCGCAAGGCGUUCAAACAAUCCUUAUGAGUGCUACGUUGGAAACAGGUGUUGAUCAGGUCAGGGAUAUGUUCUGUCAGAACCCUACUGUGGUAGAACUCGACAACUCCGAAGAAAGCGCCGACCGCGUCUUCCAAUACGUUGCAAAAUGUGCAGAGGAUGAGAAGUUUCUCAUUGCCUAUGUUCUAUUCAAACUCAAUCUAGUGAAGGGCAAGUGUAUUGUGUUUGUCGCAGACAUCGAUCGCUGCUACAGGCUCAAAUUAUUUCUCGAGCAAUUUCAGAUCAAGAGCUGUAUCCUGAAUUCCGAACUUCCCGUCAACUCUAGGCUUCAUGUCGUGGACGAGUUCAACAAGGGAAUUUACAACAUCAUUUUGGCGACGGACGAGCAUGAUAUUGUAGGCGAUGAGACUAAGAAGCAACCGAAGACGGAGGAAAGGCCUGAUGGCGAGGGUGAGACGCAUAUCGGGGAGCCGAUAUCUGGGGAGAAGGAAUCUGAUCAUCCAAAGAAGAAGACAAAGACCACGAAAAGGGACAAAGAGUACGGAGUCGCUCGGGGUAUAGAUUUCAAGGACGUCGGAUGGGUUAUAAACUUUGAUCUACCAAUUACGUCAAAGUCCUAUACUCACAGAAUAGGGCGGACUGCGCGUGCAGGCAAGGCUGGCACUGCACUUUCAUUCGCCAUCCCGAAAGAUCAAUAUCGGAAACACAAAUCUACGUGGAUACCAUCCACCGAACAUGACGAGGAAGUUUUGGACAAGAUCACACGACAGCAGACCAAGAAAGGGUUCGAAAUUAAGCCCUUCAAUUUGAACAUGUCUCAAUUAGACCCGUUUCGGUACCGUUUUCAAAGUGCUCUACGGGCCGUUACCAGGACGGCCAUUCGCGAAGCACGAACACGAGAGCUCAAGCAAGAGCUACUAAAAAGCGAGAAAUUGAAGAGACAUUUCGAGGAGAAUCCUGAGGACAUGCAACACCUUCGGCACGAUAGUGACCUGAAAGCAGCGAGAGUGCAACCACACCUGAAACACGUACCCGAUUACCUGCUCCCUCCAGCUGCCAGAAAAGCUCUCACUUCAGGCGACAUUGGCUUUGUGGGAUUCAACAAGGAUGAGAAGCGUCUCCGAAGCUCGAACAUCGGCAACAAGAGGUUCGGCCGCAGAUCAGGCUUCAAGAAGAAAGCAGACCCACUGAAAUCGUUUGGCGGAAAAGGUAGAAGGUAGAUAGUUCUGACGCUGGGGUGAUUCUACUAUUUCAUAAUUACUCAAGCUUUUCGCUGGACGUUGCGCUAAAUGCUUGUCGAUGAUUUUGCAGAAAACGGUAUCCUCAAUCGUGCAAUUUGCAAUGCGAUUACAAAAUGAUGGCUGUCUAUCUAUUUUUCUUUGGUCUAAAUAUACUGAACCCGUCUCUUGACUCCAAG